AUGCCACCGGCUGCCAUACAUCCGUAUCCUAUGAAGGCUCAAAUGCCGCUGGCGGCGGGAUUGCUAAGCUGCUGCGAUGAUCCUUUUGCGAUGCGAAGUAGGCAGAUUUCUCGCAGACGGACUCCCAGGGUCUCAGCGGCAGACCUGGCAGAGUUUCUGUGA